AUGUCUGCCCCACCUCAGCCUCAGCCCCACCUCAGCCUCAGCCCCAACCCCAACCUCAGCCCCACCUCAGCCUCAGCCAAACCCCAACCGCAGCCCCCCAACCCCAACCCCAACUUCAGCCCCCACCUCAGCCCCCAACCCCAACCUCAGCCCCCAACCCCAACCGCAGCCCCCAACCCCAACCCCAACCUCAGCAGCCCCACCUCAGCCCCAACCCCAACCUCAGCCCCCAACCAGCCAACCCCAACCUCAGCCCCACCUCAGCCCCCAACCCCAACCUCAGCCCCAGCCCCACCUCAGCCCCAACCUCAGCCCCCACCUCAGCCCCAACCCCAACCUCAGCCCCAACCCCCAACCGCCCAGCCCCACAACCCCAACCCCAACCUCAGCCCCAACCUCACCCCACCUCAGCCCCCCAACCCCAGCCUCAGCCCCCACCUCAGCCCCCAACCCCAACCUCAGCCCCCAACCCCAAACUCAGCCCCCAACCUCAACCUCAGCCCCACCUCAGCCCCCAACCCCAACCUCCAGCCCCCAACCCCAACCUCAGCCCCCAACCCCAACCUCAGCCCCACCUACCCCAACCUCAGCCCCACCUCAGCCCCACCUCAGCCUCAGCCCCCACCUCCAGCCCCCAAUCUCAGCCCCACCCCAGCCUCAGCCCCCAACCCCAACCUCAGCCCACCUCAGCCUCAGCCCCAACCCCAACCUCAGCCUCAGCCCACCUCAGCCCCAACCUCAGCCCUAGCCCCACACCAACCCCAACCCUCAGCCUCACCUCAGCCCCCAACCCCAACCCUCAGCCCCACCUCAGCCCCCAACCCCAACCUCAGCCCCAACUCCAACCUCAGCCCCACGUCAGCCCCAACCCCAGCCUCAGCCCCAACUCAGCCCCAGCCCAACCCCAGCCUCAAAUCAGCCCCCAACCCCCAACCUCAGCCCCACCCCAGCCUCAGCCCCAACCCCUCAGCCCAAUCCCAGCCCAAAUCAGCCUCAGCCCCCAACCCCAACCUCAGCCCCACCUCAGCCUCAGCCAAACCCCAACCUCAGCCUCACCCCAGCCCCACCCCAGCCCCAGCACCAGCCUCAGCCCCACCCCAACCCCAGCUUCUUCACAGCGUCCAACCCGCCGUUCCUCUGCAGGGACACAGAGACAUCAUUCCAUUACAGCGUCUCAGGCGUCAUUUAUCAUCUCCGUCAGUUGAUUAA